CACACAUACACACCCAGACUUUGGCGGCCAGGCUACUAAAACUGGCUGGGCUUGUCAGUCGUGCCAACGCCCGGAUCUACUCUCUCCAGGAGACAGCUGUCAAACCUCCCUCAGUGUGUGUGUGUUUGUGGACUGACACAGAUAUUCCUGCUGUUAACUGCUUAGUCUCAUUUAUCAAGCGCUCCAAUAACGUGUGACUGGGCCAUAGUGAGGCAUUCUACACCAGUUUUGGAUGUGUAUUUUCUAAGAUAAGGGUUGACUAAAGACGAAAUUUGAAAAUAACAAGCUGAAACCAUGUCUACUGGGGACAGACAAUCUGUUUUGCAAACAACAAAGGUUCGUACUGCACUGAAAGGAGACAGCAGCUGGAUCCAACGGCGCAGUCAGUCUGGACCAGAGGAAGAGGAGGAAAAGCCAUGGCUUGCAGAGGUACGUGCAAGUCGGCUCAACAGCGAGUUCAGUGACCCUGUAGCUGAUAACACACCUCCUGAACGAGAACCUCUAUCUUCCCCGAGUGCAGGCAGUUCUAAAACAUCUGGAUACCUGAUCAGGGGUGUUUUCACAAAGACUGACACCAAACCAGCUGCAUCGUCCAGUAAUGGUUACAUUGGAACAUCUAGCUUCACCAAAAAGGCCUCUGAAGAAUACAAGAAAAUAGCUCCUCACACUGUUCGCUCAAACGUGGAGAGAACAGAGCCAUCGGAGCCAUCACUCAGUGCAGAAGAACAGGAGAGGAGGACACAGGCAGCCAGCAAAAUGCUGAACAACUCAGCAGGAAAACAGAGAUCAUAUGUGCUGUCAGCUGCAAAGAAAUAUGAGUCAACUCCAGCGGAAGCAGACAGCUCUGCCUCAUCAGCCACAGCUUUUAUUGCUAAAAGGGUAGUCAUCAGUGACGAUGAAGACAUUGGCUCUGUUCAACUUUCCACCCCGGUAUCUCCUCCUAAACAAAGUGUGGAGAUGAGUGUUGAUGAGCCGAUACCUCCAGAGUCCUCAUCUGAGUUGAAACCAAGAGCCAAACCACAGCCCACUCCUAAACAAAGUGAAACCCUCAGUGCUCUCUCUGACACCCUGCUGUCCACCCCAGAAUCCACCAGCAAGAAGCCAGUUGCUCAAGUCGCUUCUCCUGUUCCAGAGACAAAAACAGUCUCUAAACCCAAGCCCAAUCCUAAAACAAGUGUUAAUGACACGAUUACUCAGGCCACCUCAGUUGCUCCAGUUGCUACUUUAAAGAAAUCUGCAACAACUGAACCCAAGCCAGAUUCCACUCCUAAAGCAAGUGCCACUGAACCAGUCACUCCAGCUGUUCCAGCUGUAAAGGAAGUCCCACCCACAACGCCUGAACGCAAACCCAAACCAGAGGCCACUCCUAAACCGAGUAUCAACCCAAAACCAGUCGAGAAGACCAGCGCCUUGAAUGAUAAUGAUCUUCUGGAUCUGACUGAGAGCACUCCACAGAAUUUGGUGGACCCCCUCCCCACCACCACUGACCUGCUGACAGGAGACUCUCUACCAAAGACAGAGAAGACUAAAGGAUCUCUGGACCUGCUUGCAGUUGAUAUCAUCCCCAUUGACACUAAUACUGACAAACUAAGCACUGAUAAAACAAAAAUCAAAACUGAGAUAACCCAAACUGUGGUGCAGACCAAGAAGGACAUAAAGAGCACUCCACAGAAUUCCGUGAACCCUGUCCCCACCACCACUGACCUGCUGACAGGAAGUUCUCUGCCCAAAACACAGAAGACUAGUGAAUCUCUGGACCUGCUGGCUUAUGAUGUCAUCCCCAUUGACACCAACAAGGCCAGACUCAGCACAGACAAAACACAAAGCAAAGUGGAGACAACGACAACCAUUAUACAGACAAAGACAGUCGAGAAAGGCUCUGCUGAUCCAUUCGAUCCGAUUCCGAUAGUGAGAGAGUCCACAAAGAGCUCUGUAGAGCUCUUUGAUCCUCUUCUGUCCGACAGCAAUAACGGCCAACAGAAGACAGUUACAGUCACAUUUGAGCAGAAGUCCUCUAAAACUAGCUCUCCGUGGGACAAAUGGGUGGUUCCCACUAUAGACACCACAACAGAGGACAGUGAGCCCGAGCCUGACCCAGAACCAGCGGAUGAUUACACUGCCUACACCAGAACAGAAGAAAGCAGUUUCCAGGAGCCAGACAACGAAGCUAAAAAGAAUGUAGUCUAUGUCAAAUCAUAUGUGAACUCAUCUGAUCCGCCCAGAUACAGCACUAGCAGAUACGACAAUGACUAUGAUUAUGUGACCUCGAGCUCCAGCAGUUAUGCAUACAGCAGCCCCUCCAGCACUGUGGGUAUGACCGCCUGCACGUACUGUGGUGGUCUCGUAGGAAACGACUCCAAGAUCACCAUUGACCACCUCAACAUCUCAUGCCAUCCUGAAUGCUUCAAGUGUGGUAUCUGCAGUAAGCCAAUGGGCGAUUUCAUCCACAGCAUGUUUUGGCACCGUGGGACAGUCCACUGCGAGAGCUGUUACUCUAACGUUAUUUAAUGACGAGGUUGUAUUGACGUGCUUUCUGCUUCCAUACUCUGGUGAACAUUAGUAACCAAUGUAAAUCCUGAGAGUUUAAUUCCUGAGAUUAUCUCCUUGUCCUUUUUGACUCUAUCAGAACGUAAGUGCUGUUUUGAAUUCGUUUACAUUCCCAAAACAGUUAUUCUUCUUCUUAUGUCUUUGCUUUUGUCUUAUUGUGAAAAAUGCCUUCGAAAUCAACAUCAAGUGUGUUUGGUUGAGUGGGUUUUCACUUUUUCUACAAUUUAUUAGAUUUAUUAGAUUUCAUUUUUAAAUAAAAAAUGUUUCCUUGGCUGUGCAUUCUUCAAAGGAUGAAUAUACUCCUUAGAACUGUGAAUAAAUGUAGGGUUGUAAAAUG